ACACAGCAACAAUAAAAAUAUAUUUUAAAAAUACAUCAUAAACCCAUAACCAAACAAAUUUGUUACAUUGCCGCGUUCACUUUUACUUUUACACCGCAAAUGCAGGAUUUGAAGCUUCUCUCGCUUAUUGGAUUUAGCUAAUUGUUGGUAAACUCCGCCCCGCUAUCGAAUUAGACAUGCUCAUUUGCAAGUCAAAUAGGUUAAACUCUGGCCAACGGGCGUUGAAUCAAUAUUAGCUACAACGAUCACACACACGUGUGCAACUUUUAUUGAAGUGUUUGAACGCGCUAGCAUAAUGGAGAUGGUGUGCUUUUACACAAUUCACUGGACGGUUACUAAGCAGCGUUUAAAAAUUAUCCAACCAUGACAACAAGGUGUCUGGUACAAGAUUCACCUUCUAUUCCAAACUUGUGUACAGCAAAUGUUGUGUUUACCUAAGAACUUAUCCAUUCCCAAUGCUUCGUAUCGAUUUUAUAAGGAAAUUGUGAAAUAAAGCAAUCACUGUAGAUACAUACAAACCACACUGAUGCUCCACCAGAAACACUCACUGAAUAAUGACAAUUGCUCAUGAUGAGCUUCGCAUUAAAUACAUCCCAAACCACAAUAGCUCACGUUUGCACCACUCACCGUUACACUUUCGUUUCGAAAUGUGCAAGUAAUUUCUAGCAACGCGUUCCUAUGAUAUUAUCAACCACCCCUGAUUGCAUGAUGUCGAUGCAGCAUUCGUUUCCGGAAGUCACUACCGUUCCAUCAAAACUUGAUUCACUGGUGACAAGCCGGCCCACUUUACGGUUGAGCAGAGCACCAGCCGCAAUGGAUCACCACAAACCAUUCUCCGUACUGCUAGUGCUGCUGCUACAUGGAAGUCUACAGGCAUACGGUACUAUAUCUCCCAAGGUCAUCGCACUGCAGCAAGUGCUCUCCAGCGAGCUACAGACACUGGAACGUAACGCACUGCUUACGGGUCCGUUACACGCCGAAUCAUCCUCCGAUGGAAGUGCGAUUAGUCGCCUCCGAAGAACGUUUCACGAAUUCGAACGUCAAAAUCAGGAAAGUAUUACCGCGAUAUUGAGGGUGCUGGCACUGAUCGAUCAUACGCUGGAGAACACCGUUCAGGACUGUGAAAAAGUGUUCCAUCUUCCGUCGCUCUACAGUGAGAAUGUAUUGUUUCGCGACGUUACCCGACCGCUGCUGCUGCUGGUGGAACAGCUCUGUCAGCAGAUAACCUUGGAGGACUUUGGUCAGAUAGAGUCAUCGUUGGAGGCGGUAGAACAGGCGGCCACCCAUUACCGAUCCCGGUUGGAUGAGACGAAACGCAGCAUGCAGGUUGUGUUGGACGAGCUGGAUCACAUUAUGGGAACGUUCUCAGCCCCAUCACAGCUGAAUGCGCUGUUCGAUCAAAUGGAACAGGUAAAUGCAACAAUCCGUAGUUCGAUUGCAAGGGCCACAGUCAACUUGCUCGAUAGGCAACACGCUAUCAGUGACAAGAUACUUCCCACAUCCGAGGGGAAUAACGAUAUGUUUGUGAUUGUUGAGAGCUUUAUGACGUUUUUGGCGAACGAAACCGGUAUUUUAGCGGAGGAUCUAGCCGAACAGCUGGACGAUUGGUUCAAUGAAACGACGAACUUGAUUAACAUCGUAUCGGAAGAAGUGUCCGCCAUACCGCAAACGCUAAUGGAAGCUCCCAUCGAAGCGUUUCUGAGACAAGAAAGCUCACUCAAAUGCUUGGCGGAGUACAACAACAAAAAGGCUGUGGAGAAAUUGUGGAUUGGAUUGGAUCGAAUUCUGCAGUGCUUCCACCUUGGCAACGACACCGAGCGCCCGUUUGAAAUGGCGAAACAAUUGCUCAGCUUAGCGGACAGGAACAUUCAGCUCACUUUGGAAGAGAUUUUGGAGUGUCACCAGAGCACCUUGCGCGUCGGUUACGAUGCGAAGGUUUAUGAUGAGAUGGCAAGCUGCUACGAAAUGUCCAAACCGAUUCUGGAAGCAAUGCAGGAGUACGUUUACUCGAAGAUGGAUGAGAUUUACUUCCAUGUUGAGCUUUCAAUGUACUUUAACGAGCUUAAAAUGGAAUCGUGCGUUUACUAUCGGGCGAGAGAGAUGAUGUUGGACGUGUCCGAGGUCAACCAACGCUAUCGAAAGUGUAACGAAGAAGGCCAAAUAGAGUUGUAAGGAAUAACUGGAACUGAAUGGAACAUAUUUAUAAUUCCUUUAAUCACUUUCAA